AUGGCGGAAGCAGAGAACGGACAGUCUAUCAGCGCAGAUGAGAUUGCGCUAUAUGACCGACAGAUCAGGUUAUGGGGGGUGCAGGCACAAGAAAAAAUCCGGUCUGCAAAUAUCCUCCUUAUCACCGUCAAGGCGCUCGCCAACGAAGUAGCCAAGAACCUGGUCCUCGCAGGCAUUGGCUCGCUCACAAUCAUCGACCAUGAACCCGUCACAGAGGCCGAUCUAGAUGCACAAUUCUUCCUCGAAGAAGCGCACAGGGACGAGGAAAUCAUCAAGCAGGGCAAGAAUCGCGCGGAAGUCGCUGGCCCUCAAAUCCACCGCAUGAACCCGCGUGUUAAAUUACACAUCGACACGUCCGACGUUCGUACCAAGCAACCCGAAUUCUUCGCCCAAUUUGACGUAACAAUCGCGACGGAGCUAGACUUUGCAACCAACACUACGAUCAACGCGGCGUGCCGCAUCGCCAACCGACCCUUCUACGCAGCCGGCCUGCACGGGUUCUACGGCUACAUAUUCGCGGAUCUCAUUUCGCACGACUUUGUGAUCGAGCGCGAGAAGUCGAACGUACCAACCCAGCACCAGGAGACGCUCACAAGGAGCAUCGUCAAGGUCGCAACCAAGAAAGAGGGCGACAAAACUAUCGAGCUAGUCACCAAGCGUGAGACAUAUUGUCCACUGAUUCUGGCCAAUACGUCCCCGCUGCCAGAUGAGUUCACCAAAUUGCCGCGGCGCCGGAAGCAAGUCACGCCGCUGCUGAGCUGUCUGCGCGCGCUGUGGGGAUUCGAGAAGAUCUCCAGCGGCAGACGGCCUUCGUUCGCGCACCAGGACUUGGAGGUUUUCACCAAACUUGCGCGCGAAAGCCACCAAGAGCUGCAGCUCGACUUAGCCACUCUUGACUCCUCGUUCCUCCGGCAGUUCCUGCAGAACCUGGGCUGCGAACUUAGUCCCGUGGCGGCGUUCCUCGGCGGCGCAUUAGCACAGGAUGUGAUCAACGUACUGUCUGCGCGGGAGCAUCCGCUACAGAACAUGCUGCUGUUCGACGGAGAGAAGUCCAUUGGUCCGAUUUACCCGCUCCACCCAUUUUUCCCGCCAGAGAUGGAUGUCGGCUCGUUGGCUGCUGUGCCACCGGUGGCUGAUCCAAUUGCGUCAAACGCAACGCCGACGACCAUUCCUUGA